AUUAGCCUUAAACAAAUUAUUUUCCAUUUUUUUUAAACGCCUAUAGUUAAAUAUUUUUAAAAUAGUUAUAAUUAUGUUAUUAACAAAAAAUCUGUUGUUACUUGUGUGAAUAAUAUAAUAAAUUAAGAUAAAUGUAAUUUUGUAGUCGAUAUAAAAUUGUUGAUGAAUUAAAUUUUCUUUUGAACAACGGCGUGACGUUUGCCUCCCUGUAACGAUAUCCCUUCCCCCAACACAAAACUGUUUGUCAUCCACCGGGCACCGAAUCGAACGUCGAACAUUCUAGAAUUUUCCUUCGGUCGAUUUACAUUUGCCGGCUCCUUGGUUCGCGUGAUUCAACAUUCUAUUCGUUAGUUGUCAUUGUGUUUUCAUUCCGUUAAAACGGCUUUUUUAAUAUAAUUACUUUUUACGUAUUUUAUCGUACAGUUUUAACAAACCAAUGGCUGCAAUGUCCGUAAUAGGUAUAGAUUUCGGAAGUGAGUCGUGUUAUGUGGCUGUCGCCCGCGCUGGCGGCAUCGAAACCAUCGCCAACGAUUACAGCUUACGGGCCACACCGUCAUGCGUGGCCUUCAGCCCUAGAAACCGCAUAAUCGGAGUGGCCGCCAAAAACCAAAUGGUCACAAACAUGAAGAACACAAUACAUGGUUUUAAGAGACUUCUAGGACGUUCCAUUGAUGAUCCAUUCGUCAAACAAGAACUCAGACACCUGCCGUUCAAUGUGGUCAAGUCCGAUAACAACAAAAUCGGUAUUAAUGUUAACUACCUAAAUGAACAACACACUUUCAGUGUAGAACAAAUCACCGGCAUGCUCUUAACCAAACUGAAAGAAAUAUCCGAAAUAUCAUUAAAAACAAAGGUAAAUGAUUGUGUAAUUUCAGUUCCUUCUUAUUUUACAAAUGCUGAACGUAAGGCACUACUAGAUGCUGCGUCUAUUGCUGGUCUUAAUGUUUUGCGCUUGUUUAAUGAAACUGCGGCGACUGCUUUAUCCUAUGGUAUCUACAAACAAGACUUACCCAAUCCAGAAGAGAAACCCCGUAAUGUUGUGUUUGUUGAUUGUGGUUAUACUUCACUCCAAGUCUUUGCCUGUGCAUUUAAUAAAGGGAAAUUAAAGAUGUUAGCCAGUACAUUUGACUCACAGUUGGGAGGUAGAGAAUUUGAUUACAUUUUAGCGGAACAUUUCAGUAAAGACUUCAAAUCCCGGUAUAAUAUAGAUCCUAUGAAUAAUCCUAGAGCAUUUUUAAGAUUGUUGGCUGAAGUUGAAAAAAUAAAAAAACAAAUGUCCGCCAAUUCUACUAAAUUACCAAUGAAUAUUGAAUGUUUUAUGGAUGAUAAAGAUGUACAUGCUGAUAUUAAGAGGACAGAAUUUGAAGAAUUGUCUAUGCAUUUAUUUAAUAGAGUUGAAGUAACAUUAGAACAAUGUCUUAAAGAUUCCAAACUGAGUAAAGAUGACAUUUAUGCUGUUGAAAUUGUUGGCGGUUCUAGUAGAAUUCCAUAUAUUAAGAACUUGAUAGAAAAAAUAUUUGGCAAAAUCUCUAGCACAACAUUAAAUCAAGAUGAAGCUGUAUCACGAGGUUGUGCUUUACAAUGUGCAAUGUUAUCUCCAGCUGUACGAGUAAGAGAUUUCAGUGUGACUGAUAUACAGAGUUUUCCGAUUGAACUCUUCUGGGAUCCAGCUGACAAUUCAGAUGAUGGACGUGCUGAAGUUUUUCCUAAAAAUCAUGCUGUUCCAUUUUCAAAAAUGUUGUCAUUUUAUAGAAUGGCCCCUUUUACUGUAAAAGCUCAUUAUUCAGGAUCUAUUCCUUAUGCUGACAACUACAUUGGACAAUUCACAGUACGUGAUGUCAAGCCCACAGCAGAUGGUGCUAGUCAAAAAGUAAAAGUUAAAGCCAGAGUUAAUUUGCAUGGUAUAUUCAGUAUUAGUAGUGCUACACUUUUAGAAAAGGCCGAAUUACAAGAUGAACCAGUCCCGCCAUCAGAACCUAUGGAAACAUCAGAAAAAGAAUUACAGCCAACUGAAGUUGAAGAAAAGAAAGAAGAAAAGAAAAAAUCCAUCACAAAAACAAUUGAUUUGCGAAUUGAGUCAAUAACUCAUGGAUAUUCAACUAUGGACUUGAAUAAUUAUAUAGAACAGGAAGGUAAAAUGGUAGCAGCUGAUCGCCAAGAAAAAGAAAGAAUAGAUGUCCGUAAUAGUCUUGAAGAAUACAUAUAUGAUAUGAGAAGUCGGAUUUCAAGUGAAGAUGAUUUAGCUCCUUACAUAGUAGAUGCUGACAGAGAGAAUAUUUCUAAACAAUUGGAAGAUUUGGAAAUUUGGUUAUAUGAAGACGGUGAAGAUUGUAUUAAAAAUAUUUAUAAUGAAAAAUUGGAUAUGUUAAAAACUGUUGGUGAACCCAUUAAAAGACGCAAGAUUGAAUAUACUACUUUUCCUUCAAUACAAACUCAAGUUGUUCAGUUGAUUUCAAAUGCUGAGAAUAACAUUGAUUUAUUUCAUAAAGGAAAUGAACAGUUCAACCACUUGGACUCUGCUGAAGUAGAUAAAUUGGCUGAAACUCUAAAAAAUGCUAAGAGUUGGUUGGAAGAAAAGGCAAGCCAAGUAACGGCUACUCCUCUAUACAAAGACAUUCCUAUCAAGUUAGAUGAAUUUAUUAAAGAGAAACAUAAUAUAGAAGAGAAUGUAUUAAAAGUUUUAUAUAAACCAAAGCCUGCACCCAAAGUGGAACCGCCGCCAAAAGAGCCAUCUAAAGAAGAAGAAAAAUCACCAACAGAACCCAUGGAAACUGAACAACCAGUUGAAAAUGGUAAAGAUGCUUAAAAAAUUUAAUUAUUUUUAACACUUUUUUCUAUUGUUUACUAUAUUCAAUUUUUUUUUUUUUUUAUUGCAAAAAUUUGUCACAUCUUUUUUAUGUAUAAUAUUUGUAUUCACAAAUAUGAAAAAAUUGUAUGCAAAAUUUGUAUUACAGUAUACCUAAUAGAAAAAAAAAUUAUUAGAACAAUAAUAGGCAUUUUUAUGUUUUAUUAUCUUCCUCACUCCUUUGUUAACUAUUAAUUAACUAACUUAAUAUUUGAUUAAAGAAAAUAAAAAAGAAACCUACAUUAUUAAUAAAUAUAUUAAUUUUUUUUUAAUAUUGUCAUUAUAUACCUUAGAUAACAUUGAUUUUGGAAUGUAAUUAAAAUGUAUUGAAUUACAAUUGUAUUGUUUAAUUUGAUAUUAUAUUCAUUGAGCAACAUGUUUGUGUAGUUGAAAAUAACAAAUAAAGUUAUUAUUACAGUAUUAGCUAACAUGACAUUAAAUUUGUCUUACUGAAAUUAAUAAUUACCAUAUAGUACAAUAUAUGAAAUCAAAUUUUAAAUUUAUUGUGAUUUGUAUAGAUUAAGUUUUAAAUAAUAUUUUUACUUAAUGAUACAAAUUAAUAAUUCUUUUAAAAUUCACCACGCUGAUGUGAGUUCUUCUGAACCUUAUAAAACAUUUAAAACUUACAAAAUAUGUGAUGACUGUUUUAACUAAGUUAAAUAUAAUGAUUAUAAAUUAAUAUUACAUUUGGUUGUCCAGUGCAAAUAAGAAAUAGCAAGUAUGUAGAACAAUCUCUUUUAAAAUAGUUAAUGUAUUGAUGAGAACUGACAAAGGAAGCUUACUCCAAGUGUAAGAUUAAGCCAAGGAAGUUUAUUAAUAAUUGUGUACCUAAUGGAAAAAUUUACUUGUGUUACUAUGUUUAUAGAUCAGUUAACACCCUGCAGACAUUUGUUAAUAUUUAAUUUGAUAAGCAUUAAGAAAAUUUCAAAGGAUAUUUAAUAGUAUUUAGUCAUCAAACCAACCAAGCUAUUUUUUGUACUAAAAAUAGUAUAGCUAUAAAAUUUUCAAUAUUGAACAACUAUAAAUAAAAUAAAAUAUUUGUGUAUAAGUAUAUAUUAUAAUUAAACAAUUUUGUUCACAAUUUAUA